AUGUAUCCUUUUUCUGUCGUUGUGCUGCAGCUGCUGCUGUUGUCGCCUCUUCCACUUACAACGCUCCUGUCCGUUGAGGCCUCCAACGAUGGCACCGGAACCGGCCGUGUAGGUGGUCUGUCGCCGGAGGACAGAUGGCUUUACUAUAACAAACUACGUCUAGAGACACCGCAUGACGACCCGGUGGAUGCCCAGGCUCUGCUUGAGAGCAAGUCCCACGAACGAAAAGACAUCCUCCUAAUGGACGGCUACGAUGAGAGUGAGGGCACUGUAGUGAUUAAUAUCGAUGGACGCUGGGGCACCGUCUGUGACGACAACUGGUCCCUCAAGGAGGCGACUAUUGUGUGCAAACAGCUGGGAUUCCCUUACGCUCUGCAGGCCACUACUCGCGACUUCUUUGCUACAAACGGAAUGCGUGAGUGUCUGAUCUGGUCUAUGUUUUCUUGUUUCUCGCCUCCUCUCUACUGUAGGUAGUUUAGGAAUGUAACUGGUUUGUUUAUCCUCCUUCAAAUGUUAGGACGUACUCUGCCGAACAUCCUCUUGGCCACGACGAAGUUCUAUGGGAUUCUGUCAGAGAGCGAAACAGCUGACCUCAUUUCUAGACAAAUAUGUGCUGUGCAAUAAGGUCAGGUCGACUGUUUAAAUUUUUGGGAUGACCAAAUUACUUUUGUCGUACUGCAGGCAACAAAUAGGCAAAACAUUGUGCUACAGGUGCGUGAGGAGUAGAACCUAAAGUCAAGUCAAGUACAGUAGCCCGCUGGCCUUCUCUAGGGGCGAUUUGCGUACGCCGAAGCCUUCUCUAAUAUAAAUUGUUGUCGAUUUUAUUCGAAUUUUUCGGGUUUUCAAAAAUCGUUGUAAGCAGUUUUCUUUCAAGAACAAAGUGCUAAAAGCUCUUUGCGGUAAAAUUUUAAAAGAAACUAUGCUUUUAAAAUAGCCGACCUUCGUAAUCGUCUGAUAGGUCAAUUCAGUAAUUUGUGUAGUUCACUUAUUAUAAGGUGUUAUAUUCGUUCUGAAUAUAUUUAACACUUUUACAUUGCUUUACGUCAAUGGUAAUUUUGAUAAUAAACAUGACCUUCAAGGGAAUUAAAUGUUGUAUACUCCCUUAAGACCCCAGCAUGUUUUCCAAUUGCACUCAAAAAAUCUGCGAAUGCUUUAUUACACGGCCUUAAAAAACGGCUUAAAUGUCUGAAUUCUACUGUCAUUGCAAACUUUUUCACAAAAGACCUGCAAUAAGUUAAGAACUGAAUGUACACGAUCGUAGUUAGGAAACUGCAGGCCAUAGAUAAAACACUGGUCUCUUAUGUAGCAAUUUUCUUAUAAGCAAUUUUGCCAUAGGUGGCUUAGGAAGUCAUAAGCUAAGACUAUUAAAACUGCUACCAAUAUCGUAAUUUUAUUCUGGUUAUAUUCUCUACAUAAAAUCACGCUUACGUACUGCGCACAAUGCGUCUUGGAGUUCAGCGCCAAUGUCGCCUCCUUUGGGAAAGAGCACAUGAUAGAAAAGGUGGUUUUAAGUCGUUAAUUCGGGCUAGUUUAUGGAUCAUAAUUAAAUAUCAUGUUGCAUCAGAGCAUAUCUAUGAUCCCUAUCUUCUUUAUGAAUUUCAAAGGGUUAUUAACAAAAACAUUCUGACUGCUCGCAUUUAAUGUUUCACGUUUUCUUCACCCAAAGGUUGCAGUAGUCUUCUUGACUGCUAUAAAGCUUCCUCGUAAAUAAUUGUAAAUGAGACGCUUUUGUGCCCUAUCUGCAACUUUCAACCAAGACUAAAUAGCACAUUCCCAACAAGGGGUUCAAAAAAACAAUUUUUCACCAAAACAAUAAAUCACGCCUGCACUAACAAAAACAUGCUCGCCUUUUCUGAAUAAGUUUUCAUACAUGUGUUUUAAAAACAAAUUUUCCUUGUUCUUCAACUUUUAUACAACUCUGGAUAUUAAUAAUAGCCCGCUUUUUGGAAAUAACAUCUAUUUUUGUCAGAUUGCACAGUUGACCUUAAGAAACUUAUUUACCAAUAAUGGUGUUAUAGAAAGAAUUUCAAAAAUGUCUUCCCCGGCAUCCCCAAGGUAUUCGACUUUGAUUAAUAUACCCACGAAAUUUUGAGAAUGUUUAAAAAGCACUGUGUGGUUUUCUGCAGUGACAAGUGCCUGUUUAUCAAAGGAUUUUUACAAAACGUCAGCAGAUCCCUUGGUAUUAUGGGAGCAUAUGUUCUCACAGGUGAAUAUGAGAUUUGCUUUACGGCGAGUUCGUGCCCGAACAUUGCCUGCAUGACGAACGAGAAGGUAAUCAUACGCCAAAACUCCAGUCGUUUGCGCCUUUGAUCAAUAAAAACUCCCCUAUCAGAAAUAUCGGGCGCCGAAACUUAGUUUCAAAUGAAACAUUUUGCUUCCCGCCUGAGAAUCUAGUAACGAUAGCAGCAUACGGCGGAUCCCUAGCAAGUUUUGGAUAUUUCUGAAGGUUUAGAUUCAGUACUUACCGACCGUAAAAAUCUGGGCAAGACUGUUUACAAAUAGUGGAAAUGCAAACGUACUCUCCAUGAAAUGUCCAAGUCAGUUGUAUCCCAACUGGAAAAUAACGCCACACAAAAAGCACUUUGGUGAGAAUACACAAUUGUCUACACCGGAAUGGAAGACUGCCAGUUUAUGAAGUGGUAGCGUUGACAAAGGAGAAUUUUAUAGUGAUAAUUUUAAAAUAGCUACCAGAUGUUUGUACCGAUCAAGAGAUUGGUACUUUUUGAAGCACUCCUUACCUCGCCAAGUCACAUAGGUAAACGCUCAAAAGGAUUCUAUAAAGUCCCAUAAUGCCGAAUGCAAUCAGGAUAAGCAGAGUUUAGAUCUCAAAGUGAUUCAGAGUAUGAAUGCCUAGUCAACUUUGCAAAACAGGUCAGUCUCGGUGACAUACUAACUCGCGACAGGAAAUGCAAGGCUGUGGUGUACUAAACACAAACCAACUGAACUACGAGACUAUGGUCGAGAGUCAUGCUUUUUUCACAUUUGGGCUUCGUUUUCCACUCAGUCUGCUGUAACCUAUAGAAUCCCCCACUUCAGAUACGGUGUGCUGCUUGACCAAAUAUGUUUUUGCCACCAGUCAGUCAAGUUUUUGCCGAGGCCGCCAAAAACGCCUGAUUUGGAUCACCUUUAUAUGAUAAAAAAACUACCAAAUGUGAGUUGAGUGAGUUACAAAGAAGCGUGACGAUAUAAAAGUAUAUAACCGAUAGAAGUACUGAACCCGAGUUCAUUUUUUGAUGCACUUUAGGGGCUAUUAUGCUCGGCAAGGGAUAAAACCAUAAUUGAAAAGCAUUUUUGCGAUAUUUCAGAAGUUUUUAGUCAGUGGAAUAAAAAUAAAAACGUCAAAACGCACCGGAAAUGAGCACAAAUUUUGUGUAUAUACCUUUAACCAUUGAUUCAGUUCCCCGUCCCUUGUGAGUGUUUACGUCAUAAACCGUAAGGGUGGCCGGGAAUACCACUAUAGGCGUAUUUGCACAAAGCAAGAUCGGCUUGGUCUGUCAAUGUUCUAUCUUAUUUUAUAAACCACGCUCUCUAAGUUUCUUUAACUUGUGUUACCCAUUUUCUGCAGUGGACCUUAUUUUGCGGAAUCUUAGCAAGCCUAUAAACAGCCUUACUGGUGUAACAGUUUUGCCUCUAUCUGACUCGGCUCCUAACAUGUUGUUUGAAAGUUUGGUUGGUAAAGCAAUACCGGAAAUGUGGUUCUCGUAAAUAUGAGAUCGGUAGAAUUGAUUGCUUUUAUCGUAACUAUGAGGAACCCAAUUUAACUGAGUCCCCUUGAUGCGUGGAUUUAUUUUGUUUCAUUGCAUCAGAAUUUGAAUGGUUUAUGGAGGGUUCAACAGUUUUGUAGAGUGACUUUCACUUCCUGAGAGAACCAUGAACAAGCGGUUUAAUCUAUGAAUUUACUAUCCAUUUUACUUUUUUAAAACCGAAUUAUUUCCCUCCUGCGAGCAUAAAAUUGGAAGAAGACGUAAUUGUCUACCGAAUGAGCAAAAGAACAGGUACAUUUAUGCAUGUUUUCUAUGAAAUAUAAUUGAAUAUUUAUGGGCAUCAAAAGUCAGUGAGAGAAAUGCAUGAUACGUAAGUAGUCAUUUCUUACAGAAUGUCGUUUUUGGAUUUAGUUGCAAAGAAGUUGCUUCGAAGGCGGUAUCCUGAGGUAACUGAUUUAUUAUGUAAUCAUGCUGCAUGUUGAGUAGUUUUAAAAUCCUAUUUAAUUAGCAUUUUUGAAACGAUAACGCAUUGACAAAUCUCGGUUGAUAUUUCAUGAGUUCGUCCACCUACCGUAUACAGACCCCCAAUGGAAGUCGAAGAUCAAAGGCAAAAUACCACCGUAAAAAUGAGCAAAACCCAAAUUUGUCUUCGAGCAUUAGGGUGUACCUAACUGUAAAGGACUUACUGAUUAGCUUGGAAAAUAGUCUCUCGUUUGCCGAUAGUUUCUGUUCUUUUAUUUCAUGAGAAACGUUUGUCAAUAUGCUGCAAUAGGUAAACAAAACGUUACCCAAUAUGACGAAAGGAUUUAAAGAUUCAGGCAGAAUUAUAGCCCUAAAACAGGCUCUGAACAUAAAAUAUCGCCGAGAUUGAAUCUGUCAACACGCGUAUGCAUGUAAACAUGCAUAAAUAAAUGUUCUCAGAUUUUGAAGUUCUGCCAGAAAUUAUUCCGCGGUGUUGCAACUCGUUUUCAGAAAUGAGGGACCGAGACACUUCUGCCCGCUUCGAGAAGACUUUGCUGCCCUUCUCAACGGACUCAUAUAAACGUUUGCAGGAUAAAUGCGUUCCAGUAACCCUGUGAAAACGUUCCCGACGUGUGCCAGUCUCCAUGACCACAAAGUAACCUAACGGGCAGUCGUGUGGGUCAGUCGAUAAAAAAAGUGAAACUGAAAUGCGGAUUUUUACGGUUAACUGCACAUUCUUCAAUCAGCUCUACUACUGAGUGAAACCCUCUGCUUGACGCAAAUCUAUAAUAACACGCACAUCUCAGCUACUCCAUAAGCUGGGGUACAUCCUUGGGUCGACUGUCCGUUCGAACUCGAGUAUCCCUAGGCGCCGUCCUAUUGGUCAUUGCUUGCAGAGUUAUAUCAUUUACUUAUUCGCCCGAUGCCGUAAUAAGACCGAGAUACGCCCAUUUCACUGGCCUGCACAUUCAAAUAGUUUCAAUUCGCCUUGUAUUAGUAAAUAUGAUACUUUUACUUGGGUUAUUUUGUGAGUUUGAUCUCAGUUAAUGAGUGGGAACCUCGUCAUCAGGAAGUAAGCAUAGCGCUGCGAGAUAAUCGCACGCAAUAAUAUUCUACUUCCACUUAGGUAUGCAUCUUGAAAAUAAUUAGAUAAAUAAACUCGCAGAUAUAUUUGCAUCUGUAAUUAUACGCAUAUCUGCCCACUACCCACCAAACGUAGCUCAAAAUAUCGAAGAACUCCAAACGCACAGUUAAGGCAAAUCAUAUAAGCAUUUUUUCCGACAAGCAGGGUCUGAAACUGUGCUCAUUAAUUUAUGAGAUUUUACCAGGUUACGUAGUGAGACACAAAGUUCCAACUGAGUUAACUGCAUAAAAUAGGAGAAAAGGAGAUCAGAUGAGUAAUUUGAGGCAUUGUCUGAGUAAGCGAUUUCAUCCAACAUCCAGUGUAAGCCUAAAUCUAUACUAAUUGCUUUUACAGACCCCUAUAUAAUGGAUGACGUUAGCUGCACCGGAAACGAAACCAGGCUCCAGGACUGUUCCUACUGGAAUGAACACGAUUGCAGCAAUCGCGAAGAAGCCGGAGUGGUUUGUCUUAAUCCCAACCUCAAGGCAGAACUCUAUAACCCCCGUGCUCCUGAGAUUCAUGGGAUGAGCCGCAAUCAUUUGGAAGCCAUGCGAGAGGUAGGUCAUUAAGACGGCAUCCGGUUAAGUGCUUAGGAGAACCGUUGAGAGUGUUGUAAAAGGAUUAAUUCUGAGUGUUGAUAUAUUAUUUUCAAUGUACUUUUCCCAGAAAUCUUCUUGACAAGAGGAUAAUUCACUAGAAAAUCGACAAUCUGCAACGAGCAUAUUUCAUUUUAACAAGACGGACUGAAUAUGUUGAUAUUUACAUAAUAUUUACGUAAUGAUUUAAUAGGUUUCAAGCUUAUUUUAAAAUUACGUUGAUUCGGAACUAAGUUAGACAAUGGGGAUCUCUCAUUAGACCCUGAUAUUUACCACCGUGCCUACAUAUUUCGUCCGAUUGCGAAGACUGCUUGAGUGACUGAAAGAAAGCAUAUUUUUGUUUAUGGUUUCUAUAAGAUAUAUUUGAAUUUGCAAGACCAUCGAAAAUCAAUGGGAAGAAUGCAUGCUACUUAGGUAGUCAUUUUUUAACGAGCACGCUUUCUACAUGAGAUUGAAAAGAAGUGCAUUUAAAAGCCGACAUCCUGCCGAGUCUAAAAUGUUAUAAGAGUAUGUCUGACAAAGGCACAAAUCAGCACACAUAAUCUCGUACUACGCUCGAAAGCAACGAACACUUUUACGCGACUCGAUGUUGAUGGGGACACAUUUAAAACACUCCUCGCGUAGGUUAACUGAUUAAGCUUGUAUCCUGUGGCCCCCAGCUGGAAACCGGGCAUCUUAGUGUAAGGACCACAGUGGUAUUGCCGUGACAUGCACCCAAACCUCAAUGGUGAACGUCUUACUAGUGUUUAAUGCCACAACAGUUUAAUAAAGCCCACUUAUCAGGGCCUAGAAAGUCGUAAAAACAAUGUCUACUGAUGCAAUAAUGAGUAGGCCCCGAAAAAGAUUUUGGUAGUUACAGAAAGGGACUAAUUUGGAUGUAUGCAAAUUUUCUUUUUAAGCAUGGGAACUGUGUUUUAAUGUCUUCAAGUUAAAAUGCGUAUGUGAAAAGGGCAAAACCCCGUAAGUUACCUUGGGGCCCACAGUUGAUCUCAAAAAAUGCAUGUGCUGGUUAUGCCGUCGAACUUAACAACUCAUCAUUUGAGCGCGCUUAAACAGGGCUAUUUCCCUCUCAUAAACGAAUACAGUUUAACAACAGCAUUGCAUAUGCGCACACACUUUAAUUUAUGCUCAUAUAUUUACCUGCUUAUGAUUGAUUUUACUCCAAAAUUCCAGAACAAUUUUCACCUUCACAGUGCUCAGGGGAAUCCCAUGAUUUUUGUCGCUUAUAUUGUAACAAAUCAAAGCAUAUUUGGAAAAAGUGUUUUUCAAAUCCCCUUUCACUACUUACAUCGUUAUGUAUGAACUACGUUAUACGUUACAUUUUGGUCCGAAACUCGAUAUUUUUUAGGAAAUUAAAUAUUUUUGUGCAUAAUUUUGGGCAGCUCAUGCUGUAUAAAUACCCAUUAUAUGCUGCAGCAACCUCAAGCUAUGUAAGAACCUGCUAUGUUUCACUGUGAAAUUCAAAACUAAAGCCGCAACUAAAUAUCGCAUGCUCUGUAAUUCAGGCCAGUCGUACCGCAAACCCUCAUUGACCAUGACAUGCCACUCGUUUCUAAACACAUGUUCUAGCAAGUGCAUUUACAUCUAGUCACCCGAAAAGAAAAGUUCGCUUGGUAACAUGCUCCUUCUAGAUAUGCCCUCUCUCAUUAGGGUUUAGGUUAACUAAAAUCGAAGUACAUAUUGGUUUACAGUUAUUGUACCCCACCUUGUGGGAUCUAACUUCGAUUGUUUACUAAAAAACCAAGGUAAUCAAACUCUUAAACAUUUGAUAAUUUUUAGUAUCAAAUGCAAAUUAUGAUUUACUGAAUGUGGUGUGUUUCUAUUUCACUUUAAGUUAAAUUCUAUGAGUUUUUCCGAUGCCUUCGCCUGUCAAUCUUGUAAAUUUUAGUGUCAUCUAGCGUCUGCAUAUGUUAUUUUUCUUGGGGUUGCAACUGUUUAGCCAGCGGAAAAGGUAGAUUGAGUGAUUGUGUCAUUUGCUGCCCACGCAAUACUGAACACGGUUGAUAAUUAAGAUUUCUUUGAAAACUUUUUGCCGCAGAUUUGAAGUUAGACCACGUGGUCGGGGGAGGGAUUAAUCUCUCGAAAUUAUUUUAAACAAAUUGACAGCUCCAAUAUUCCAGCAUUAUUACGCUUCUUAUUGCCCAGUCGGUUGAAUAAGAAACACAGAUCUCCCCUGCUUUCCAUUAUGUUUGGUCUUUAGAUCAUUUCCUGAGAAAAAUUAGACAAACAAAUACGCUGGCUUAAGCGAAGUCGCUCAAGCGACGAGUUAACAACACACUUAUGAAUUAUCUACUAUCGUUUCUGAUGACGGGUUGGAGCAGGAACCCGAGACGUCGGGCGAGUAAAGCCCUUGUUUUAGCAAUCAUGUCCCCUUUUUUAAAACUUAUGACUGUCUAGAAUUAAGCGUAUGUUCGACAUGCCCAAGAAUAGGUGAGGUGGCGCCAUAUCAACAGGCUGAAGUCGAAUGUCCACGGUGGAUUAAGCAAUGUCGGGUUGUUUUCAGUAAACAAAUAUAAGGCAAGUUGGUGGAAAACAUUUUGAGCUAAUUAUUUCAAGGCCUUUAAUACGGCCUAUUUAAUUAAUUUAGGCGGGACAGAUAAUUUUAUGCGACUACUCCUUUAAUUAACCAUUUCAGUAUAUCUGGAGGACGGCAAAGAGAUAAAAUAAUGCAGUAUUGAUAGAUAACAGGGAAGUAGUAGGAAAGAGUGCACCUUAGAAUUGUACCCGAGCUAAAUCUGAAUGGCAGGAGAACCCAGGUUGGAGGUAGAAAAGGAGAGGACGAGACGAUAGAGCGGGGGUUAACUGCCACGUAGCAUUCACAGUCGGCAGGUUACAUCGCCGUACCCAAAAUGAUCCUCCACCCACUAAUUUUCUUGAAAGCCAUAAAAUUAAAAUUUUUGGAGAUGUGAGAUAACUAAAAAAUAUUAUGUGUCCCACAGAGCUUAAUAUAAACAUAUUAAAAACACAGAUCGUGAUGGUUGGUGUAUACACGUUUGCGUUCCUCAUGAAGUUAGCAGAACAGACUCAAAUUCGUAUGUCUGUCAGGAAAAUUUUAAAAUAAAUAGCCGAUCUAUCACACACACCUACCGGCAGCUUUUGCGUGAGAGUCACUUUGACUAGAUACCCGCUUAACUAAUUGCCAUUCCUUAUGAGUGAAUGAUAAGAAGGACCUUUAGAUUGUAGGAUUUGACAAACCUAUCUCAAAAACUGGAAAAGUGACUUUCGCAAGUUUUUUAUCCUUUAUUCAAAAAUCUCACUAGUGUCCUGCUGGAGAAUGUUUCUCCUCAUGUGGCAGUUAGAAGUCGGGAUAUAUCAGAUAAAAUGCUAUUAAAUGAACCCCGUUGAAAAUCGGGGACGAGGAUUUUUUCGUAGGAAUGUUUUUGUAAACAUUUGUGCAUGGGAUUUGCCAUAGUUAAGCAGAUAAUGCCAGUCAGAUUAAUGUCAACGUUUUCUGCAAGCACUUGAGGAAUAAUACAUUUUGACUUCCCUUAGUAUACCGUCGGCAAUAAAGUUGAACCGUUUCGAAUCAGUUGGGUUCUGUCUUUCUGGACACAAUCGUUGAAUUCUGUUAAAUUGCACACUGAUAAUAGUCAGGUUAGUUUGCCGUACAACCUGAAUCUUCCCUUCAUACUUUGCACGCCGACAUAGUUGAUAAACGGUCUAUAUUUAUUGACGUGACGCUGAUAGUGCGAGGAUGCAACAUUAUUGCUCGUCAUUUAGGUACCCUUUUGAAAGAAAUUCAAUGACAGUGUUUACAGGGACUCGUCUUUCCUGUGCUAAACAGUCUCCUUAAACACAACUUUUGUACAAGAAUGAAAUUCUACGAAAAGGAAAUAACUUGAAACGGUCUCUGCAUCAUAAAGGUCAUGCAUAAGCAUCCUGUACGCACACCCACGCACUGACGUCCACACUAGCAAUGAUGUAAUACACAAUGGUUAUUUUUCCAAAAAUAUUGUCACUCAUGACCCAAUAAAUUGAAAAUCGAUAUUGGCCAUGAACGCAACGAGAGCCAGCACCGAACAGGACACAAAAUCCCGAAAACAGGCACUUUUUAAUAAGUAAUAUUGGCGCGAGGUCCAACUAUAAAGUACAGCUGAUUAGUAUCCUUUAAAAUAAGUAAACAGAUAGGGGUCUCCGAUAAAACCAAAGGAAAUUCUAUGGACCAUUACUGGCUUAAUUAUAACCAUGGGCGAUUGGAGAACAUUGCUUGCAUGUGCAUAAAGUGUAAAUAAUGUUUUACUGUGCUCAGCCCGAAAUGCAAUCAACUAGUUGCUCUUUCAAGCAGAAAUGGUCGGGGGUAAAGGUUUGCCCGCAUCUACCUUGAGAGGCAAGCCGUCUUCGGUAAGCAAUGUGAAUGUUCAAACUGUCAUAUGAAUGGCACAAAUCGGUUUGAUUUGAUUGAUGGACCGAAUUUUAACCUAACAUUUCGCUAAAAAGGGACGAUCAGUAAUUCAGAGGUUUUCCGGCAGGCUGAUAGGACCCGAGGCUGUCCGACUCAUUGUUCGUUCUUAAUGGACGGUCUUCAUGGAAGUGGAUCUAGGGACGAGUCAAAAUAAAAUGUCAGAACUCUGUCGGGCCAUCAUCAAGACCCAAGAACGCUACGACUUCGAGGUUGUUAAUGGUUCAGAUCUCGCUGGACUCGGCUGAUCGACAGGUCAAUUGAGAAAAUAGAAGUGUGAGGUGCUACGUAUCAUUGUGGCAAUGCAUCAGAGGAAGUUUAUAUCAUUCAGGAUUCACAAGAAGUAGUAGCACAUUGCAGAGCGGGUCAAACGAAACUCUCCCGUCAUUUCUAUCAGAAAGAUAUCAAAAUCAAGGGGAGUAAGAGAUUGGAGGUCAGCCACCUAAUCUCGAGGACGUUUUGCCCUGAAAUAUAGGACAGAGGUGUUUGACUUAACAGCGUCCACUGGCUGGAAGAAGCCUUGUAUAUCCCCCAGCCGGGAGUGUGUAGAGAUUGGCUAACAGUGGCUAAGAUGGUAGAAAUGGUCACCUCGGCCUCAGUUGUCUUUAUCGAUACCAACUAACCUGCAAUCUAUAAAGCUAAAAGGCAUCCUGCUGCAGGAUCGACCCGAAAAUGUUAUUCCUUAAAUUCCCUAUGCGUUGGUGUUAGGGGUGAGUGUAGUAAAUCAGAGGUUGAACGUCUGCACAAUGAUCGCGAGAUCGAAAGAUCUAGCCAGCUUCGCUUUAGGUCAUUUUCUAGCCGCGCAGCGUCCUUGUUUCUUGUUUCAAACUAUCAGCUACAUAUGUCGGGCUGUGGGGCGCCCUAUUUCAUUCUAUUCCUUGAGCAAUAUAUUCUACUAUUUUUAGCCAACAGAGCAUUCCAUACAUCUGGAAGCACCAAAAAGUUUACUCUUCUUACUGGAGUCCGACAAAUACUUCCUGACAAAAAACGUUAACAGUUAGUAAAUAAACUAGGAGGCAACUGAAAGGAAUAACAGAAGAGUACAGCAGCACAGAGUACACCAUUACCAAAAAAAUAUAUAUUUUGCUGGAAUGUGUUUAUUGUUGUAGAAUGUUUUCUAAGAUAAUAGUGACAUGCUUUCCCAAGCACUAGAGACGCCAGAUCCCACAGCCGACACCAUAAUGGAUCUCCUCGACGGGGACUUUUAAUUUCAUGCAUGAUGUUUUUAAGGACUUCCUUUAAAACUCCCGUAGGCAGAUCAUUUAUUUUCCAACUUAUGUUUUCUUAUUGAAAAUGGCAGACAGAUACAUGUUUAGUGUUACUUUUUUGCCUCAAAGGAUGCCCACUUGAGUGCUUCAACUAAUUUAUUAUCUACUUAAUUUGUUAUACUAAGUGGCCUAAGCUAUUUUCACGUUUACCCAUUAAAAUAAAUAAAACAAAGGGAUCUCAACCUAGCCCGCACAUCUUGUCUACUUAAAUGAUAACACUUGAUUAUGCUACUUCACGAGUUUCUGACCCAAGAUGUGCUACCAGCCUUCUGGAGAUCAGUCUACUUAAGGGUCCAGCAAUUUUAUUUUCCUUAGUCUUCGAGCUGAGCCUUUAAGGCUGACAUGGAGCCAUCGUCAAUAACGGCAGUCACCAAAGCAGCGGUUGCCACACAUUCUUACAGUUAGAAAAUAAGCUGAAGACUCGUUGGCCUCUGAGACUAUCGUAUGACUUGUUUCCGCUUCGCGACCUUACAUUACGACACCAGUAGUGGGUAUAACAAAUCAUAAAUCAGUCGCCAGUCCCAUUUACCCCCAAAAGUGUUAUCUCAUCUGAAACAGUUCGUAAUGCGCCGCGAUAUAUGGACGGCCAGUCGAGGUUCUGUUUUAGGGGAUAUUACUCAGAUGUCGAGCAUCAGCAAAGCCCACUUCGUUGCCAAUCCGUGUAGUCAUCUUUACGCACACCAUGUCAAAUCCCUGACCGUCCCCUAGGAACAAUUGCGACAGAAAGUCUGAUAAACAUUGGCGGAUUAGUCACUUUAAAACGACAGGCACCGACCUAUCCCGAUUGCAGAGAUAAAGGAGCACUUCUGUUUAAUCUUGGGGCAGUGUGCUUGCAACCCACCUAGGCGGCCGCGUGGCGGUAUGCAAUGAUUAACCGAGAAAUGUUGCGAACAGGGACAGGAACGCAUGAACGGGCUCUUACCAGUAUCAGCCAGCGCUCCCACAGCACAAGAAGCCCGGUCUAUGUCUGCGAGGCUUCUAGGCUAUUCAUUAUCAGUCGCCAUGCACUCGUCUACAUGGUCUGUAGAUAUGCAGUUUCAAGAAUAAACAGAAACCUCCAUUUCUAUCCUGAGAUCCAGGUAGACUGGUGAGCGCCGCUCUCAGGUAACUGAAUACUGACCGUAUCGUCCAACACGGCGUUGGUCUGUAGUGCAGCUUUGAGGACGACUGGCGACUGAUUUAUGAUUUGUUAUAGCCACUACUGGUGUCCUAAUGUUAGUUUGCGAAGCGGAAACAAGUCAUACGAUAGUCUCAGAGGCCAACGAGUCUUCAGCUUAUUUUCUAACUGUAAGAAUGUGUGGCAGCCUCUGCCUUGGUGACUGCUGUUAUUGAGGAUGACUCCAUGUCAGCCUUAAAGGUUCAGCUCGAAAACUAAGGAAAAUAAAACUGCUGGACGCUUAAGUAGGCUGAUCUCCAGAAGGUUGGUAGCACAUCUUGCGUCAGAAUUUCGUGAAGUAGCAUAAUCAAGUGCUAUCAUUUAAGUAGACAACAUGUGCGGGCUUGGUUGAGAUAUCUUGUUUUACUUAUUGUAAUGGGUAUAUGUGAUAAUAGUUUAGGCCACUUAGUAUAACAAAUUAAGUAGAUAAUACAUUAGUUGAAGCAUUCAAGUGGGCAUCCUUUGAGGCAAAAAAGUAACAGAAAACAUGUAUCUGUCUGCCAUCUCCAAUGAGAAGACAUAAGUUGGAAAAUAAAUGAUCUACCUACAGGAGUUUUAAAGGAAACUCUUAAAACAUCAUGCAUGAAAGUAAAAGUCACCGCCGAGGAGAUCCAUUAUGGUGUCGGCUGUGGGAUAGCAUAUGUCACUGUUAUCUUAGAAAACAUUCUACAACAAUAACCACAUUCCAGCAAAAUAUUUAUUUCUUGGUAAUGCUGUAAUUUUGUACUGCUGUACUCGUCUGUUAUUCUUUUCAGUUGCCUACGAGUUUAUUUACUAACUGUUGACGCUGUCUUUCAGGAAGUAUUUGUCGGACUCCAGUAAGUAGAGUAAACUUUUUAGGGCUUCCAGAUUUAUGGAAUGUUCUGUUGGCCAAAAAUAUUGGAGAAAAUUACUCAAGGAACAGAAUGAAAUGGGGCGUCCCACAGCCCGACAUAGCUGGUAGUUUGAGGCAAGAAACAAGGACGCUGGGCGGCUAGAAAAUGACCUAAAGCGAGGCUGGCUAGAACUUUCGAUCUCGCGAUUAUUGUUCACACUGAUUUGGGUCUUGAAUCCUGCGUGCACAGCCGGAUGCUGCGAACAAUAAUGCAGAUAUGGCCACUCUAAUGUAACUGUCUUUGUUGAUAAAUGUUUUUAGGCAUCGGUACUGUAUAUGGCCCCAACUAGUCGUCAUUCCUAGAACUCGCCUACUUAUUUUACUCGUGUGCGUCCUAUUGCGGUUUACCGUCUAACAAAUCGCAAAGGACGAUACGCGGUUAGGGAAACAUAACUCACCUAGGGAGAAUAACGCUAAAACUGACCCAUUCCCUAAACCGUCAUUGCAAUCUACUUAUAAAGAUGAAUUUGACGAUUUCUGACCCAAAUAUUAGUGUUUGGGGUGAGGGUCAGGGUUGAAUUUUGGGUUAGUAUUAGCGUUAUGAUUGUUUUUAUGUUAGGGGCUAGGCUAAGGUAUUAAGGAUAGAGUUGGAGUCAAUUUGUGAGUUUGUAUUUUGGGGUCUAUGGGUUAUAGGCGUCUAUGCUUCCCGCUUUAUCAAUGGAGAUACGGUUGAUACGGUUGCCCAGGUCUCAAGUACUGGCUGUUAAUCGUCAUGCAACCGUGCGCGUGGAAUGCAGACUCUCUAAUCCAAGGCAAUGCCGAGUUCCACUCUGUAUUCACGAUAGUUCGCUUCAAAUCCCUAUGGUGUAAACGAGCAUUUUUGAUCUCAAUCUAUGUGACAUGAACCCGUAAAUUCAGCCUUGGCAGGUUUGCCUGAUUAUCAUCUGAAUCAAGCUUCGGAUAUCGGGUAUGCGGCCCGAGAAUGGUGUAUCACCGACUGAUGGCGGCAGAUAAACCAGAAGUAAUCAUGCCAGUUUCCCUUUUUUAUCGAGAAAAACGUAUUAAGCAAUGUAUUACUCGUCCUUUUAUAGCAGGUUUUCGACCGCUUUAUAACAUAAGCAAGGGCGUCCACAGCCAAUGUUUCUUAGGGUUUCUUUAAAUGCACACUACUGAGAAUCAUGUCUACCUUGUUCCUCGUUUAUGUACUUUCUAGAGAAAAAUUUAAUAGCGGACAACGAAGACUCCAUGCCAAUAAUUGCCUACAAACUGACCGCGAACCGAGUUGGUUUCCAUUUUGAUUUCGAAGACUGCAACACUGAUUUCUGCACCAUCUACAUAGCCUUCUACCUCGGCUGACCCCUGCUGACACAUUAAUUGUUGCGGCGGAGGAUGCUCCGAGAUCUCCAUGUUCAUCAAACCGUGACUUCAUUAUUCAGCGUUUAUGAGAUUAAAACAGAAGCAAGCCGCCUAAAAUGUUUUCAUCAUUACCAACUAGAAACAAAAAGACAUAAUCCUGAUUAGGUCACAUUAAUGUUUCAACAGUCGUUUGAUGAUUAUGAUAAUUGUGUCGCCACUGUGUGGGCACGAGAACGCCAAUGCAUCGUAACUGAGACCUCUUUCUCCGGGGCCUGCAGAACUGCUUCUUCAAUCAUAAUACAGAUGAUUCCCAAUUUCGUUUGGUAUCCUUCGACCCGCUCAUAUACAUCAACAGUGAAUGUGACAACUACCAACAUAUAUAUUGUAAGUAAGUACAUGGGGUAUCUGUUCUUGCGGAGUUCCCUUCUCUUGAUGACACAUGAAUACGGAGAAAUGUAAAUUGUCAAGCGGCGACAAUAAUUUCCGCACUCAGGAGUCAUAGCGAAAAAAGACUGACCUAGCUGAAUACGUAGUCCCGUUUUAGGGCAGGUUAAUUUUUAAGCCGAUUGCAUUAUCAGGACCUAAGAGAUACUGUCGCCGACGCAACCUUUUUCAACUGCUAGCGUUUUGUGUUUACGGAUUGUGUAAUCUGUUUAUUAGUCAAUCGUUUGUUUGGUGAGAUUUUUCCAUCGCUGUUUUUCUGCGCGACUAGGUUUGCGAGCCGCGUGUGAGUGUCUGAGAGAAGCAUGGCUUUCCAGGACUGCUAAGAGGAAGACGGAGUUGCCAGCCCCCAAAUUUGCCAUAAACAUCUUCAGAUUAAUUAAUCAACUCCUAACUAGGUCUAACAGAUCUAGCAUCGUCUGGUUAGGUUGACAUGAAUUCCUUGAAUGUCAGAAACCAUCUACGUAGGCCACCACUUAAUACUUUCCUAAUUCAUCAUAUUUGCGAAUGUGAUCCCUCCGGCCUACGAAUCCGGAUUUGUAGCGUCAGAAUCAAGAUACUACAAUCCUCUUGUUUGCAUGAGUUCUUUGCUAAAUCGACACCGACUGUGAAGAUUACAACGUAUUUCCGAAGCCAUACUUUAAAAGCAUAGGAUAAUUCGAAAGCUGUAGUUUGUCUCGAAACGGGUAUCUUUUUAUAUUACAAGGUAUUUGCUAGAAAAUUUUCUUGUCUUUUAGAUGUCAUAAGUUUGAUGUUAGCAAUCUGCGCUUUUAUGUGUGCGAGAACGACGAAAAAUUUUAACUUACAGCCCUUUGACUUAAACAUUUUACCCCUUCUUUAAGCCCUCCUCUAUUCCCACAUAGAACAGCGUCACGCCCUAACAAGAAAUGCGGACAGGUUGCCUUUUCAAUCGCCAAACAGCUGUCGCAUCUUCAGGCAACCUGUCAAACAACUAGGAUACUGCCAAAGACACAGGCAUAUGCAGUCCUGCUAAAUGAGCGUCAUAUACGUCCUUACCGUGCUAUUCCGAAGGCAGCACACCCGUGCCAUCUAUCCCUUCAUGCGACCCACUUUCCUGACCCAACAACAAACCCCUCUCUGCCACUUUUUGUUUUGUCACAGCAAAAAUUUGGAGUGACGGUUGGCAAGCAGUUCGGUCCGAACGCUGGCAUAGUCAUGAUCUCGAUCCAGGAGCCACGGUCACAGGAGGACGCCGACGCGGUCACCGUUGUCGGAGGCGUCUGUCCAGAUCGCUUCUUCGGACCUGAGGCAAAUGUCGCCUGUAGGUCCAUUGGCUACCCAUUUGCGUCCACAUACAAGAAGGUAAGCCGCUUGUAUCCUACCACCCGUGCAGACGCCGGGAGGUGGGGCUGGCACUGAUUUAUAUGUUUACGUCUCCUGUGUGCGCCUAAGAGGUCUCGCCUAAUGUGACUGUAAAGUCAACCCAAAAGAAAAGACAUUUGUGAUCGGUGCGCUGGUGGGAAUGAUGGAGUUCCGUGUGCAAAGGGGGAGGGUUGACAAAUAAUCCAGAGGCUUGAUAUCACGCCAUCAGAGAAAUAUCAUGCCUGUCGUAAUGUCAGGUUGUCUGGAAAUCCUUUAGCCGGCAUGCAUCGAUAGACGUAAUUCGGCGUAAAAUAAGCACUGCUAAUUAACGCUGAAAGUACUAGAUUCAACGAAUUUUCGUCAAGAUCUACCCAACAUUCUUUUCUUCUACUCCAAAUUAAAGGUUAGUGCAGAUUACUAAAUGCCAGAAAUUUUCUUAUGCAACUCUUGGACAACAAAAUAUUUUGUCCAACAUCUUAAAGAACGCAUAAGCUUAGGUCGGCCACCGGCUCUGAAACACACGUUUCCGCUUCGCUUUUAAGUUCCAAUCGAUGGUCCUCGUCUGUGGACGCAGAGACAUGAACGGUCUGCAAUUUAAACUCCAUAAUUGUCCAAACGCGAGAUAUCAGCAGGUUCAAUAAAUAACUGGCUUCGUUAUCAAAAGUCUGAUUUUUUUGUCACCCGUGUUGUGGUUUUGCAGGUUACUGACUGCCAACAAGCCAGAAGUACAGUAAGUGACCUAACUCAUGAAAUGUGUCGAAAUGAACGAAUAAUUGCCAAUCACUCGCAAGACGACACUAUUUUAUGAGUCCAGUGUCUACUUUAAUUAAGUACAAGUUUAAAAUAAUUAAAAACAUAAAAGAAAUAUUAUAGGCAGUGUAGCGUUGUUUAGAAAUGCCGAUUUAUUUUGAAAAGCGCAAUAUCCCGAAAACGUCAGAAAUGGCUCUAAUUAAGUAAAGUUCGUUUUUAGAUGUACAGAAUGUAUUCUCAUAACAAAAACGUGAUAAAUAUGAUAGGAGACAUAAACUAACGUUUAAUAACAGUGUGCUAGUGAAGAUUUCAGCUAAGUAUCGUUAAACAAGUAGUGUGAGUUCAUAUAUGAUUGUUUUCAAGUGCUCCAUUUUGAGUGUAGAUUCCAAAGCAGUUUUUCAGUGAUUCCUGUUUUAUGUUAUUUCCCUGAAGUUAAUGAGAUGGGGUUUAACAAGAGAAGCUGGAUUUUGCUUGAUUUCACCGAUGAGGACGUCGUAUGAACAAAAGUCUUCAUAAGGUGACAUACCAUGAGGCCAGUCAACGCCUAAUAAAUUUAAAUAGAACUGACAGGCGUGAUCGUAAACAUACCAUCUUGUGUUUAUAGAAAGAACCUUUUUUCCGUUAAAUUAAUUUACCCUUCUCGUUCGUUUUGGAUUACGUCGAGUUUCAGAUCGGCCUCGAAAUGUUGCUGAAUACUUCAUGAUUUUCAGUUUAUUCACCCGAUCUUCCACAAAGACAGAUUCUGAAUCAACUGUCUGUUGAGAACUUUCAACUAAAAUUAUUCUUGAAGGCAUUUACCGAAGUAGUAAGUGUUCGGGCACUCCUUCUCACGAAGAUGGUCGUUUAGGUCACAUGUGAAGACUCAUUCAAACAUCAAACUUCAUUUUCGAAAAAAAAUGACUGUCCAGAACGAAAGACAACAACGAAUAUGCCUUCAAUCAAUAAGAAAACUUUCCUUAAUAAGUUACCUCUUAAGAAACGGCUCUAUUAGUACACCCCGUUGACGGAUCUCUGUGUACUUUGCAUUUGUGCACGGCGAGGCCAAUCAAAAAUAUGACACUUUUGGCCGUUCCUUUCGCGUUCCCGAGAAAUACUAAUAUUUCUUCUACCGUGAACGUAAGAACAUGCCAUUUUUUGUAUAUUUAGGACAUGUAUUAGCAAAGGAAAUUACACGAAUAUAUUCUAACGUCCAUUUUUGCUAAAAUUUACUGAUAUUGUACUUGAUAUAAAUUCGUAAACAUAAUUUUUACACAAGAAAAGGACAUUUUAUUAAAGGAAGUCGAUGAGCAGACAGAAGGCUCAACGUUAAAGGCGUCCAGAAGUUCUCUCAUCAGUUUCCGUUAUCAGAUUUCAUUAGAUAGGUUACGUACUGCAGCCACCCAUAUGUGUUGUGUUGGUCGAUAAUACUCUUUUGUCAGUCAGCUGUCUAAAGUUUCAUUAUAACCAACUUAUUUCCCAAAAUAAUACGCCCUUGUUUGCUCGGAGAUGCGAGCUUCUACGAGACUUCCACGACACUACUUACCGUUGGAUCAUUCUUUGCUGUGAGGUUGUCGUUAAAAUAAGUCUGUAACUUAGAAGACUUUUGGCUUUGUGUUUUAGUAUGUCAAACUGUCAUGUGGGACUUUGACCGUAUCAUGAAUACCAAAUAUUGGUUUCCGCCAAAAUUCGGUUCUCCUACAGCUGUUUAAACAACCCCUCAAAAAUAAGUUAAUCUCUGUUCUAAUUAGUAUAAGGAGUUCAACGGCCCACUUUUAUUUAUUAGCUCUACCCCAAAGAGCGACUCAAAAGUUAGAAGUCAGGUGAAUAGAGAGGGAGCUAUUAGCGAUUUUCCACUAACUUCUUUGAUAAUGUUAUGGCCAAGUGUGUUCAUCCUUAUGGAGUAUAUUUAAAUCUAAGGUAUGUAUCCAGCAGUCUAACCAAUGUCAUUUGAUGCUACAAACACUCAAAGUUUUCGAGUAUUUUCGUCUUCCACUGCAUGUGGCCAUUUAAAUACCAUUGCGCAUUUUGAAGUGGUCAUGUCUAGAUACUCGCCCCGGUCGUAGCUGCCAUAGAGGUCUGUCGAAGGACAAAAAUUUGCUCUGCUCCUCCUCAAACGAUAAAAUACGUGCGGUACUUUCCUCACCACCCCCGCCCCCAAUAGGUUCUUCUUAAGGAUCCUGCUCUCACGAAAAAGGCUCCACUGCUUUUAAUUGGACACUGCUUCGGUAAUGAAACGGACCUCAACGAGUGUACCACUUUUGCGUCAUCGGAUGGCGUUCUGUGUAAGAACCAGUCAAUCGGAAUCGCCGUAUCCUGCACCGAUGGUAAGCCUCAUAGCUCCCGCCUCCUGGCUUCUCAUUAAAGUUUUGACUGCAAGUCCUGUCUGACAAUAGGGUUCUGUUGAGGUAAAUAGCAAAAUGCCUGCAACUGGCUACGUCCAUUUUGCUCCGGGUAGCUCUGCUGAAUUAACUGUGUCGAUAAACACGACUGGCUAUAUAAACUAGCUGACCCCCACUGUCGUGGAUCGUGGAUGAAAGUAGAUUGUAUGAGCAAAGGUUCUACUUGGUUUACAUCGAACGUCUCAAGUUGACGAUAAAAUUAUUAUCAGCAUAGGGCCGGUUAUGGGUUUGAAUAGGCUGCUGCUGAAAAUCUAAACUACAAGCAGACUUAAGUAGAAUCUAGAAGGCAAGCAGAGUAGCCGAUUUGAAGUGGUGAAGGCUGUACGAAAGCGGCUUUUUGAUAUAUUAGUGCUUAUUUUGGCACAAAUUUUUCCAUACACCCCUAAACGGUUGCCAGUAGUCGGGGAAGGGUGAUAUUAGUGGGCCGUUCUAUGUGCAACCUGAGUUUGAUUUUCCGGUCAAUGCAUAUGACGGGAUGACCAACGUUUUUGUCAGGUGUCCUGGCAGAUAGAACAUAAUAAAAAAUUUUCCCACUACGCGAUGAAUCGGGUCGACAUCUGUUGAUAUCAGAACUACAGGCCGAUCCUUCAGAAAGAGUACUUAACGGGCGUCACCUUGCAUCAUGGCAAGUGAAUCAUGUUACCGAAGUCGAAGCGCACUUUGUAUGGAACCGGCAUUCGCUUUUUUCGGUUUGUAGGAAAAAAUAAAGAUGGUUCUUUUAAAGCUUGGAGCUCAGUCGUGAGACUUCUUUGCCAACAACAAAGGGAUGAAAAGUAUAUGACCGAUAAGAAAAUAAGCCAGAUAUCACUAUUCUAGUGUUCUUUGCUUUCGUCGUCUAAGCUUCAUAACAAUAACCUUAGGUAUCAUACAGAUAGUACGACAUAACUCAAUAUGAGUCAACUACUCAUAUUUUAGUGAGCCCAAUAUCAUCAACUAAGCGAAAUUUCUAAGCAGGAAGGGACCUGUGACGCAAGCAUAACGACCACCUCAUACAAUCACCAACUGUGUCUGUUUUCUUCUGCAAUGAGACCAGUGGAUAACGUAUUUCGAUAGAAUUAUUACGGGCGCAAAACAUGUUAAAAAGCGGGUCUUUUUUUAAAAAAACACGGCUGAGAACCGACCGGCGGAAAGACGUACACAGAGCAUGCAGACGUUAAUACAUGAAAUAUGCAAUCAACUGCAAUUUUUUGGCGCCCUUCGUGAAGUUGACAUCAUAGGCUAAAAUCCAAGACUGACUAUCGAGCUUCAAAAAGAAGCACUAAACAUCAUAAAUGAGCCACUUUUGUUUUUGCCCCACUGACGUCUGUAACUGGAAAUUUGGGCCGUCAAACAAACGAAUUUUUGCAGUGGGGGGAAAUCUGCAAAUCACAUGCAUACAAGUGGUCUGAAGCCACACAUAAUUUGCCUCUCAACAAUUUCCUGCUCUGCUGUAGAUUUCAAAACAAUACUGACGGUUCUGUCUGCUGAUUGUUGUCCAUUUCGUUCGCUUUUAUACAACACCAACUUCUCUUUAUUAAAAUUUACUCUGCACAAUCGCGCGGACUAAUAUUUCAUUUGUACAACUACUGAGCAUGAAGUCCUUCGUCAAAGAGGUAUGGUUAGGGACCCGAAUUAUCAUUUUCCCAUUUUCUCUUUUGCAUCUUAAUAGGUCUGCACGGUCUAUCACCAUACUUCUAAGUCUUUUCUUAGUUAAGAGGUGCCACCAUCCGAGAGUAAAGCCACCUGAGCUGCAGAUUAACAAUCAUAUUGUCAAUUCAAGGCAAUCAGUUCUGAAUUAUAAGUUUUGUAGUUUGCACGCGUCCGGUGUGCAGUGACUGAUGCUGUCUCCGAGAGCGAUGUUGCAUUCGGCGAUUGGACACUAGGAAUGAUGGCUUUAUGAUAAUUCCAGACAAACAGAAUACGCAAGUUAGGUAACUGUGCCUAUGCUCCCUUAAAGGACCAAAUUUCGUUCGCCAGAUCGGAAGGAUAAGAUUGGCUUUAUGUUUGGCCACGACGUUUUAAUCAUAUUCAGUCACUUUAACCUGAUAUUGACCAAAUUUUAUUUGUUAUGAGGUGGUCCGCGUACAAGCUAGCGCACUUUUCCGGGACAAGCAGCAGUUAAUGUUGCAGUCGAUGGAUGAAUUCUUGUCCAUCUAGUCGGAAAAAAACUGACCGUUCCCGCCACCGAAGAAAAAACUUGCUUCACAAAAAAUAUUUGAAGGCAUUUACAAAACUUGACCGACGUCAAUGGUCAGUUUUGUGCAUUCGGAAGGCUUCUUUAAGAGCGACUUGGUAAAGCGUCUGAAUUUUUUGCUUGAACUUUCUGUCGCUGUCGAGUGAAGGAUUUUAAUAAACUGAGACUUUAUUGCCUCCAAGGCCUCCAGUCCCCAAACUUAUCAAGAUUUUUUGCAACACAAAGAAUACCCAUGCUGAUGACUAUUUUGGACGCAUGCGAAGAAGAACGAUUUUUUAAACUUCAGAACGCUGCCGUCCAAUACAUGUUUCCUAAGGGCUCGCGAGGGUAACCGUCCAGUGCUAUGCUUCUGACUUUGCCUUGCUUACAACGAAUGGUCAAAUAUACGUGAUCAGAUAAGCUUAUCCGCUGCUCCGGCACUACGUAGUUUUGGUAAUUAGCACAUGGAUGAAUCAUUUUCAGACCACGGAGACCGAAAGGAAAACCCACAUACCGUUUUAGUUUACAAAAUUCCCUCAGCCAACUCACUACGGCUGCACCCGUCGUCAAAAUGUGAUUGCGAAUCUUCGAAGCGGUUGCGUGUGGGACAGCAUUAUGUACUACUUGAUGCGUACCCUAUUAAUUUGUGGGCAUCGAAAAUAUGGUUGAAUAUGUAAACGACUACCACAGCCUCAGAUUUUUUCCAUUAGAUAAGUUGGUUUAUUUGUUACAGAACAGAAAGAAUUAUAUCUUUGCAACAUAUGUGGCAAAAUGGGCAAAUAACGACCGAAACAUGAUUAAAUUCACGAUCCUUAGUUACUGCUAGUCAUUGUAGUAUUACUUAUCUUCUAUAAUUAAAGUUAAUGCGAUUGAAUUCACGGUUCACGGCGGGACCUCUCAGCUCAGGUGGUUAGAGCGUUGGCUGCGCUGAAGCCCUUAAUUUUCUGUCGUGUGGUGGUGGAGUUCCACCCAGGCCUUCGACUUUUCACAACUUGAUUACUGUGAACUAUUAAACUUUGCCAGAAACACUAAUGAGGUAAUGGGCUGUCAAUUGCAAGCGGUCCUCCGCAGAUCCGACUAAAGGGAUAAACUCACAAACCCGGUGGAACGAGACACGAUAGUUGGAAGAGUAAUCUUAUUCGUCGGCCGUUCCCAGAGUCACACUCGGACGCAUUUGCAUAAACAACAAAUAAAAUUAAUGGGCGCAUGAAUGGUGCAGUAUUUGUCGGAUAGGACAGUUCAAGUAUAGCGGUCGACGAUGUCCACCAUUGUUUAAUUUCCCAGGAAAUUAAUGCGCGAACUUGGAGUAAAUCUUUCGAAACGGGCCUUUUCAGGCACGCUCCAAAUUUUGAUAUGAAUAUUUGAGCUGAAAUCCAUCAACUACUGCGGAAUAACCGCUUAAUAUUCCCAAACCGCCAACAGGCAGCCAGUAGUAUAGAACUGUGCAAUGAUUUACCGUACUAACAACACAGGUAUUAGCUAAAAGCCCAGAUACGCGUGUUUCGCCGAUCUUGUGCCUCUGCCUGACGCAGCUGCGAGGGGUUCGGCUCGCCAGUGGGUCCCCCAGCUUUCCCCGUGUGUUUUCUGGUAUAUGAACUCCAGUUUCAACUUGCUUUGUUUAAUUUCCCAGGAAAUUAAUGCGCGAACUUGGAGUAAAUCUUUCGAUGUCCACCAUGUGCCCCAGAGUACGGCAGUGGGAUAACGCAGAUAGGGUGGGUUGUGAGGAACUUAAUUUGCUGUGCCAGUGGACUUCCGCAGCAUCUAUCGCCUUUUGUCCUUCCUCAAAAAAGAUGAGAGCAACUAAUCAGGAAUCGCCUUUUAAUAUCCAGUUUUUUAAGACCAGGUUUUUUGCCAAUACAAGGCCUUUAAUUACAUAAAAAAGUUGGAAUUGCAUUUUGCAUCCAAAGAAUCCAAUGCAUAUUAUGCUUCUUAUAAACUUUCUGUGGUUUGCUUGGAAAGUUCCCCUAAGGUCAAAUUAUGUAACCUUCAAACAAAGCCUGGAUGUGAAUUUAGUGCAUCUAGUUGAUAUUGCAAACGCCAAUUAGCACGAUCUGCCUGAGAUCAAGCCGUCUUAGUAAUCAACGUUUCCCCCUCCAAGGUGCAGUGAGAAGCCGAACAUCCUAAAUGGAAUAUGCAGAAAUAAUUCAUUGGCAGUCGAAAGGCUUGGCAAAAUCAGUCACAUGUCAGUACGGUUUUUCUAAAAACGAAACUGUUUAAUCUUUUUCCCUCAGAUGUUUCAAACGAGCUACUAACUAUAGCCUUUCUGUGCACAUAAGCAAGGUCAUUGGAUGCGCCCAAGAAAGUUGGUCCGUUAAAUAUGCAGUGAGGCUGUUGCGCACAUACAUUUUUCAAAAACACUUUCAGUUACAAAUCUAAAUAGAUCGAAAGGGGUUCAAGAUAAUCUUUUGUAAUUUAAAAGUUAGCUUUUACAAAACCCAUUUUUUAAUAUAACACAAAACAUAGAUCGACAUUAACAUGUAAAGAAGAUAAAAACUGUAUUUCUUACGAACAUGAACGCGUCGACAAAGACAAAGUUGCAAGAAGUAUUUCAACUCAUCCAUUUUUGCGAAUUGUAUGGCUUGUCAGAAACCGCCUCCAAGGCACUUUGGGAGCAAACGAAAAUCGACGGGUUUUUGAUCAAUAUUUUCAAAGAGAAAGAACGAUGAAUACCGACCGAGCACGGGAACCAUUUUUUUAAUUUUUGGGAGUUUUCGUGCUCUUGCAGGAGUCCACUGUUAGAGGUAAAACUGAGAGUAGAACAAGGGAAAAUUAUAGUCAAACAAUAAUCGACGACACAGGUGACGAGGUGAUUGAACAGGGCUCUGCAUCCGGGUACUUUAUUGACCACAAACUAAGGGCUACUGUUGGAUUCAGACAGUGCUUUAAGCUCUUUUAGGACCGUUUCUGUAUUAUCUGCAGACAGUGAGGGGCAUCGGAGUUUCAUGAAAAAUUUGCUAAUAUUCCCUAUUAGUUUAGUUUUGGCGUUUUGUUUUUCCUUUAUACUUGACGAUGGACUCCUGUCAAAACGAAUGUUUUCGGUGCGCCCCCAGUCUUCGUCUUUUUUACUCAUAUUUGCACAUACGGAUGCCAAAACUUCGCCUUCCUUCGGGACUAUUUACAAUGUCGCUCCGCAUUCAUAACCCGUUCACAGCGCCAGAUUUUCGAAUGCAACUACAUAUGACAUACUCCAAAGUCAUGAUCCAGCAAUCUAACAUAUUGGAGUCCUGCAGAUAAAAACUACAUGAUAGCCCUAGAAACUAUAAAGGAAAGGUCGCACAGGUCUUUUGGGCUCUCCUGUAUGGGAGUUAGAAUAACAGCAUUAGUUGAAAAAACUGCCCUAACUAUUACCGGUGGGAUAAGCAUUGACGGACUCCAUAAUGUGUUUUUAAAUUAUUACUGCAAAGACGUGAAAUAUAUCAUAUUCUCUUCAUUGCUCAUACAGGAUCGUCUAUUAUUUGGCACAGAGCACCUAAUGAAACAUUAUUAUUCUUCAGUGGUCUUCUUUACUAAGAGUCCGAUUAUACGUAUAAGGACAGUACGCGGUGCGUUUUGGUAAAGGAGCUACAACGAUAGCAAAAUAUUUAUUGCUUUGGAUCACCCGUUCCAAUGCGAAGAAGUAAUGCUGGACGUUUCUGGGUUCGAUAUUCCCUUCUCCUUGGAGGACACGUAAACUCUAGUGGUGUUGUUUUUUGUCUGAAGGUCAGUCGUUCAGGUGCUGGACUUUGUAUAUUCGCCUCUCAGCCUUGUAAUCAGGACAACGGAAACACCGAUACUGCCUCCAGUAUCCGCUCUAGAAGUGGACUUGACACGCAAAUGUUAGCAAGGUCAAGUUUAAUUGCUAACUAAAAGAAAAAUUAUAUGUCGGACGAAUCCGUGAUGGGAGUUCGAUCCAGCUUAGACGAAUCAGGACCAUAUAUGCGGACCGCAUGAUACUGAUAACUCAUGACCACAAAUGGGAAAACAAUUCAGAAGACGGUUGCUCAUUAGUUCAACCGCUCUUUCGCCCUCGUAUGGCGGUUCCACAUACAUUUUUCGCCGUAAUUUUUGCAAGUUUUUCGCGUGUUUGAUAUUGUUUAUGCCUAAAAAUCGAUAACGAUUACUGUUGCUACGGGACGACUUCUAGAUAGCACCAAGGCCACCCAAAAUACUGUUCGAUAGUCAAAUUGCUGUCGAUCUGGCGGCAAAUAGGUUGGCUUACCUAGGUUUCCAUCUAAGUGAUAUAAAAAGGCCAAAUAAAUAUUGCCGGCAUAGUCAAAGGGAACUAGAAUAGAAUAUCUACCCUGUUCACAUUUAUGUACAUCUCCGACAGCCUUCUUAUAUAAAGCACCUUUUGCUAGAUCUGACCGUUAACAUCCUCCUUUGCAAAACAGCCACUAGUAGAGCGAACCACUUCAUGCCAUCUGAAGUAUAUAAAUGCUCAACGGGUGGUUUUAGAUUACAGACGGGGACUAAGAGUUUAGGCCGGCAUUUUACCAGCAUUUUGCAAUGACGCGUUUAUUUUUUGCAUCUAUAACCAGCCUUUUGACUAACUUGCUGGUUCAACCUACUGCUUGCUAUCACUCAGGUGAGAUGGCAUCUUUAUAUCACAGGAAAUAUUUCACAGGUCUUGGCUGUCCAGCGAUUAACCGGCCUUUCAAUCGCCUGACUGAAUUAUACUUAAAAAGGCACUGCUUAACUACUUAAGGUUUUGCCAUUCGUUUUCGGCGCCUGCAUAGAUUUAGAAAUACUUUAAAAGCUAUGUGUAAAAACACUUGUUUCCCAUAUUUAGUUAGAAAAAAAGUUACGCUUUUUUUAUCUGGUGUCUAGGGAAUUUGAACUGUUUGGAUUGGAAAAGGCAGUUUAUAUAACUACUCUAAAGGAUAUUACUAAUUACAUAAUCAAGCAUAGAUGGGAGCAAAUGCGACAAGAAUGAUUUCAUUACGAAGAGUAAAGUGAGCUCUUUCGUCUGUGAUGAAAAAUCAUCAAUCCCCAAAGCCGGCCGUACUCUCUGUUCCCUCUCCCAGGCAUCAGUCCAUUGACUGAGCCGGUCAGUCAUUUGAUAACACAAUUGACUGGAACGGCGGGAACCCGCAACAAGGUGUACCACCACAUCUCUUCCGAUGUGCGGCAUUUGUUUUGUGAUGCGCGGACUUUGCGCGGCUCAUUUAAAGCUCGUGGUGCCCCGCUAUUUCAUCUCUUACGUGGCCUUUUGUGGGGGGUAAAGAGGCACAGAUAAAAGAUAUACAAACAUUUAUCUUGCAUUUUCACGCUUGUAGAUGAAAUUGGAGUCGCGUAGUAGGAGGUUAAAGCAAAAGCAUUGAUCUUUAUUUUAGGCCUUCCUGACCUUUUCCCGGAUGCCAAAGCUCUGGAGCAGUCCGCUCGAGUGCAAACCGUACCCCUCUUUCAGGUUACCUGUGCGUUGGAAGAGAACUGUUUCCCUCCAGUUGUUUACAGCCUGUUUAGUCGACAACCCCGCCGAGUGCUGGGCUUCCAACGCCGACUGCUGCGCUUUUCUUCCAAUAUUCACAACAUCGGAACAAGGCCUUUUAAGCCGUUUCUACCACCAGAGAAGUGGGUUUGGCAUGCCUGUCAUUCGUAAGUAUCAGUCGCAGCACAUACGUUUGUUUCCCCGAUUCAACAGACCUAUGAUACAUCGCGCAUUGCACCACAUGUAUUCUACUAGGUGCCUGCUGGAGGUUUAUGAAUAUUCGGCGGAUAGUCCGCCGAAAUUGAUGCAUUUCAGACCAAAUAGUUGCAGCAACUUCUGUCUGAGAGCAUUGAAUUCUGAGGAGGUUAUAUAGACGCAUCAGAAGGCUUACGGGGGACGGCUGGGAGAGUCUUUCAUGAGCAGAAAUCCCUCACAACUGUGUCCUAAAGCGUGAGAAAAUCGGCGAAACAGUGCUCUGGACUUUUAACUAGCACCUCUGCUGUCAGUAUGAUGAAACGAGCAACGUGUUUAAAUUUGUUUCUCCAAUUUAACAGACGCAGGGUACACUGCGCACCACGAUGCAGGGAGUUUUAGGGAAAAUGACCCGACAAGCUGUCAAAGGAGGCGUUUGCGUAGGUGAGACUCUCAUACUAAUUAACCAAAAGCAGAAUUUCAUGUUACAGCAAGCUAUGUGGAAUGCGGAUUUUUAACAGAAACUUCUUCAAUCCAUGUGUGUCAAUCGUACUCAUGAUGACAUUACUGCUGCUUAAGUGGUGAUUAGUUCUUGUAUAUUUUGUGAAAUAUAUAUAGUUUCUUUAUAUACUUAGUUCAUUAAAAGUUGCCUCGCACUCAGAUUUGGAGACAAGAUGCAAUUUGGCCUUUAAAAUGCUCGCGGGUGUUCAGGCAUGACAGUCAAUGGUGGACCAGUCGUACUGCAUACUUCAACUUCUUAAGCAAUGCUUGUACUCUAUAGAAAUUUACGCCCUAUCGAAUGUAAACGGCUGUUAAUACAAAGAAUGUCUACCCAGAAAGACAAUAACUAUAGUAAUAUCUUGAGAAAUUUUCAAAGUAGUCUUUAAAAUGGACCUCAAAGAAGAACACCGAAGCUCUAUUUCAACAGACGCAAGCGUUAUUAAAACCCUUUAAACAGGCAUAAACUCCUAUCAAAUAUUGCAUUGGAAAAUGGCGAAACUGAUCAUAAACUAUAGUGAAAGAUGUCUUUAUGGAUUUUUACAGGAAAUUUGUCUCAAUUUUUGUAUGCAACAAAUAAACAUGAAAAUAAUACAUUGUUUGCAUUACGGCCAUUUGGUUCAAAAAUUACGCAGUUUGUGAAUUUACACUACAGGCUCAGCAAACGCUAUUUUGACUUCAAAACAUAUCGCAUAGGCUGAGUAUAACAAUUAUGCAUUUUUUGAGGAGGGAAUCGUUCACGGUGAUCGACAGUUUGCUCUUGUCCUCGAUAUGCUCUAAUGAUAAGUUAGAGGUAGUUGAUGCUCGAUCCCCUGAUUGUUUUUAAAGGAACUUGGAAAAGGGAACAUGCGAAAGUAUUUAAUUAAUUCAGCAUGAAAAUCCAAACCCAUCAUUUUGAAGACUAAAUAAACAAAGAUGCAAAUGAGUUCCAAAUCAAUUCGAAAGAGGAUUCAGUGUUUUGGACUUAUAAUUUAACGCAAGCCUUAAUAAGAACGUCAGGAAAUUUUGAGUUCACUUUUUGCAGGUUAGAUGAGCACAUUUGUUCAAACGCACUUUUAAUCUGGUUUUUUUAUAAGUCGAAGCAUCUGCAGUCUAGACAGUUUCACAGAAUGUAUUCAAGCUGUUUUGCAUUUUAAAAAUGCCGCACAUUCAUUACACUUUAAUAUCCAGCAAGCAACUUUUAAGGAAUUUUUGGACGAUAUUUUUAGUCGUGCGUUGAGAACAGCCACGAAAUCCUUUACCAAGGGCAUUUUGAACUCCAGAACUUUCUGACACCCAUUGCGCCUAAAAUCACUACACUCAACGCCUUUCCAAAGUAUCUGAGCGAUCUUGACAGAUAUUUUCCGCAAAUACGGAAGCAGUGUGAACCCAUGGCAGGGUUCGCAAAACCAAAAUGCAUCUCAUUCGCGGUAGCGCGUUAGAGAUUGACCGAGCCUACUAAUCGGACUUUCAAAUAGAAAGUACCGAGAGAGCGAACUUAAAAAUUGAACACAAGCCAAUCAUCAAACUAGUUUUUGAAAGAUGUGACGUCAAUUUUGACCGACCCAAAUCCUCUUGACCGGUGGACAUAACUCCCGUUAAAACCUACUGCAUUGGUGUACUCUACCACUAAUACUUUACAAAAAUGCAUAGCACACCUGUUAGUGGAAAUAUUACCGAUAACAGCGUUUUGUUUAAAAGUAAAUGUAUGGUGCUUCAUGGAAUACGUAGCAAUUAAUGCCUAUCUUAGGCUUUUUGAAGAUAUCCAACAUAAAAACCCUAUGAAGCAAAUUCGCAUAAGCAGUUAUGAUCGUGUAAAAGUCAUCUUGCUGUUAUUAAAAAUACUGACGUCAGUUGCUGGCGAACCUGGAGAUGGUUGACUGUCUGGGCAGUCAUGUGUGCGUUGCAUUUCUGCUUGCUAACACACUUUAACAAAACCAAAAUACUCCGUUUUUCCAAUUACCGAAUUAGCGUACGUCGUAAUUUCCUAUCAAUUGGGAAUAAAAAGCGACCUGUUCAUAUACUUACUUCAUAAGUUAUGAUUGAAUAUAUGUGGGCGUUGAAAGGCUGUAGAAUACAUAAACACAAUUUAUAAUGUGGUGGUUACAUUUUUAAGUGUAAUUUAUAAAAAAACGAGACAGAUUUUUGAGAAAAAGCGUGCGGAAACUGAUUUAGUUGCAUGUUCCCAAAUCAACAGCUUUGUCAUAUUGUCUCUUUAAUAAUUUUCCUGCUAAUGCACUUCAAAUAGCUACGCUGGUCUUGUACGAACGAAACUCUCUAUACUAGGAAACCACUUUGUUAACUAAAUUCACAGAGCAAAUUCUUCCUCCAUGCCACACGCUCUACGUGGCGUUCUUAGUUUGGAAUGGGGACUGUUUGGCCCUUAACGUUUAAAUUUUGGCAUUUAAAAUUCGAACCAAAUUUUAAAAACACACACUUGCUCCUCUAUGCGGUGACAACAGUUCCUACCUCGUGAAUGUGUGUCUUUUAAAUGUCAUUGAAAUGUUUUUUUGCACAGCCCUACUGACCAGUGUUUGACUUUAGGUGCUGUAGUUGGCGCACGUAGCAGAACAACCGAGUGUUCCCGUUUCUGUCACUAAACAUCGUGUUAGCCAAGGUUUUAUUACUUCAAAAUGCUGGACGCAUUGAUUUGCAGUCUGCAUAAAAUCGCACGCUAGUAAGUUAAGGUGUAUUAUAAGCGACGGGAUGCUAGAUGCACGCCUGAGCCCAUUUAAUGACGUAUUUUUGUGCACGUCAAAAGAGUUUGCUCACUUUGCAAGUUUAGAUGAAACAAGAGUUGUUCAUAAAAGCUCGCCAUAACCAUAAUCUAUCUUAUGCAAAGGAAUGUUCAGAGGGAUUAGGGGAGACGAAGGGGAGAGAUAAAAUCAAUCGGGUACGCCAAUCAUUGCUUCAGUCAGCAGAGGUCGGCUGACACACUUCAUAGUGAAACGGGAUUAAACUCAGAGUCACAAUCAACGUGAAUGACCUACGGAUCUAAAAUAGACGUCAAUUGAUGAGGGCCUCGUCCGAGCUUCUCUAGUCUCUGAAAAUGGGCAGCCGAUGCCGUCAUUUUUACCGUCAAACAACGUGUAAGUCUCCCUUGAUGAACGCCAAUUUCUUUGAAAAGUUAAGUAUUCGGACAACAGAAAAUCCAUUACCCAAGCAAGUUUCGUUUACACAGGAAAUCUUCACAAAUUUAAAGCACUACAGAAAUGUACACAACAUUUUCAGGGAAAAAACACGCACUGCCAGACGCAGUAAUAAUAAAUCCUUUUUUUACCUUAGAGGCGGCAUCUUGCCCAUUAAAAAGGUAUGCAAAAAUUACCGCAUCAAGUAUGCCUCCUGCAUCACCGUAGAAUUAUCUUGCUGAAUUGAGAACGACGUAGUUCUGAAUGCGGAUACAAUUCAUUUGUGCCAUAUAUUGGGUAAUUUCACAGCAGUUUACUUAUCAUUUUUGCACGAGGUUUUUCUGCAAGUCGGGCGAUCUCAAAUGCGCUGUGCAGGAUUAGAAUGCCCACCGCGCAUUUCACGUUAUUAACUUGGAUUAAAUUAAUAAAGAAUACCAUUACCGGUUAAUGCUUAGAUCCCACCAGCACGCUUGUCAAAAUCAUUUGUUUGGGGUACGUGUGGUCUGGAAGUUAGAAUAACCAAGAUAUAAGGGGCGGUUCAGGCCACUAGUACUGGAAGAAUGGCCAUGUUUAUUCCAACGGUGUUCUAAAUGUUAAACAUGCUGACACAAUAUCCAGGUGUUUAAAAAUGGAAGCCUCUGCAUUACCCUUACAUGCGUUCGGCUCAUCAUCAAAGGGCGUGCUCGAGUUAUCUAGCACACAGCUGUUAACUAACCCAAUUUUCUGUUUUUGCGAUCUGAUGAAGCCAAAUGGAUACGCCCAGCCAGCAUCAACAAAGAUAUGACAAAUUCGUUUUAGACCACUUUGAGUUUGUUCGAACGCAAUUUCAUGUGUAUUUAAACCCUAAAAGGGGGACAAUUAAUCAGAUUGGUGAUGUUGGUUCAUGAUUAACGUUUCACGCGCCUGCUGGUAAACCUCCGAUUGAGUGUUUUAGCCACGAGAUCAAAAACCGCACGAAGAAUUUAGUAAAUUUUCCUACCGCCCGGGAUGAAAUUGAAGAGGUCAGUGGUAAUUAAUUUUCUAGUCAGCAAACUACAGGUGAUCGUAAAGAAACAUUUUACAUGUAAUGCUGAAAAGACUCGACGAUUCUGACGAUCUAAUCGCCUAAGCAUUUCGCUCGCAUGCUGGAUUAUAAGAACUAGUGCGCCACUUCAACAAGUUAUUUGGUUAGGCAUCAUUGAUUGCUUGAAAUUCACCAUUAUUUAACCAUUGUGAGUUCUGCUUUAAAAAGCCCUUGUUAGAGUACUUGCCCAAUCAAAUAUAAAUGAUACUGGACGAGAACCAACAUCAAACAUGUCGGUAGCUAAAAGGUAGAUUUUGGCUAUUCUUUGGCACACUUUUCGAUUUAUGGCGUAAGAUACGGAGCAACACCUAGACUUAUAUGGAAAUAUUCGCAAAGUGGCCUGUGCGCUAAUUACUCUGUCGCCUGGACGCGGAUCGAAUGCUUUACAAAUGGCUCAACUGUAGCAAAAGUGAGCAUUAAACUAGUCUCAGUUAAGCGAAUAGACUCUCAUCCAUAAGCAGUAACUACCCUUCAGGGGCGCGCAAUCUCAUAACUCUUAAAUAAUACGUCCUAUCAAGACAGUCGCAAGACAGCUCACAAGCAUAUCUCCAAUUAUAUAAUUAGGUCAUACUUAGCUUAAUUCCUAAACGGCUCAUAUUCGCAAGUGACUUUCUAUUUUUCACCUAGAUAUAGGAAAUAAGAAAAGGUAUUUUUGUUAACUAUUUCAAUCGAGCUAUUGAACACAAGCAAUCCUACCGGCAAUUUUUCAAGGCUUUAUUUUAACGAUAGCUGUAAAAAGGAGAAAGCAAAUAAGAGCCUAAUAUUUUUCGUCAUUUUGCGCGAUUUCUACAAAAUGUUAGGUUAUGCAACUGAUCGGAACAGGAAGAAGCCUUAUGUAUGUAAAGCACCUUAAACAGUUUUAAGAAAUAUCGCGUUUUGCGUGCAUUUUGUUUUAUAAAAUAUAGCCCUGUUUCGAGCUUUUUGAGUUACAGUUAAUCACUUAUUUCCAUAACUCUUAUAAAAGGCCGUGUUUGAUCCUUGCCACAGGCACUAUCACAGCAUGAAGGUGUUUUCCUCCUACGAAAUCGUUGACUCCAAAAACCGCGUUUUGGCCGUGGGUCAUAAAGCUAGCUUCUGUUUGGAGGACAGUGAAUGCGCACCUGGUUAUAAGAAAAAAUUCGUCUGCUCCACCUCGCUCAGUAUCCGCGGAGACCAAGGUUAGUGCUGCAACUUUCUUUAACUAUUGUCAAAUAGCAGACAAUAAUUUUAAAGUGCCCAUUCUUCUGACCGACUCUCAAGCCUUUGAGGAAGUUUGGGCGUCCCCGGCUUGGGGGUUCUGAAGAACUGCUCGCAACAAGUCUUUUUACUUUAUGCUUGCUGCAAUUUCUGACAAUCAUAGAAGAGAAUCGAUUGCAGGCAUACGUGGCUGACGUUGCGCAUCACUUACUUAAUUGCGAGGAGUGAGUAGAGAUUCUGACUACAUUUUAGUUUUUCACUACAAGCAAAAAGGCAAGACAAACAGUAAUCAGGCGGUCUUGAGAAACGUGUUGUCUCUGCGUCUCUUCAGUUUUGUGCGCAAAAUUAUUUCAUAAAGCAUCGUUUAUUUUUAGACACGUCAGCAGUUCAAUGACGUUUGUCGAAAUUUUGUUAAUUUGAAGUCCUAGUUCAUUGACCGUUUCUUCUUCUCUUCCAAUCCGCCAGCUUUUGUUACGUUGAGAGCACUUAACGGUUAAUUCAGAACGCAAAACUGCUACACGGGCAUUGGUGACGAGGUUCUUACUUCCGGCUCUGUUAUUUUUACCUAGAAAAAAAACGUAAUUAGAAGAAAAAACCCCAUUGACAUGGGCAAUUGUUAAAACCUACUUUUCGGAUAGUUAAUUUUUCCAAGAUACACUAUUUGCAAUUCACCGUACACGGAAAUUAAGUCCUCUCCGUGCUAGUGUUUCGACUGUUCUCGUCAGGAAGUGAUGCAGUUCGAAGCCUGAUGCUAAAAAAUCAAAGUUUAGGUUGACACCACGCAAUCCACGUUUUUGAAAUUUAAUCAUAUUGAGUGCGGGCGUCCAGCAAUAGACAACGCUCCAAAUUACAGCCGGGUAAGAUACGGAAGCCGUAUAGUUUUCCAAUUUGCUAGCCCCGUCACAUAUCUUUUGUAGGUUUUUCAAUCGAGUAUCGAUCAGUUGAUAAAAUCAACGGUAUGAUCCUAUUUCGUAGCCGUAUCUGUUAGAGGUUAGGGCUAGUGGUUAGGGGUUAGGAUUAGUGGUUGGGGUUAGGAGUUAUGGUUAGGGGUUAAGGUUAAGGGUGAGGUUUGGGAUUAGGAGGUAGGCCAGGUCUUGUCUACUGCGGGUACGACCACAAAGUUAGAUCCGACCAAAUCUACUCUGACAUUUCCAUCAUCAACUACAAUGAUGUCAAUCGUUUGCACCACAGCAUACGAGGUGCAGAGAUGGUUACCUGCAAGUGAAAUCGUUUACGGUAAUAGCAGACUCCCGACGCAUCUACCAUCCUCAUUCUCCCCAGUCCGAUAACAAUAUUAAGUCAGGGCGCAUGGGGUAGGAUCGGGCGCAGUGGCUGACCAAAGUAAACGGUCCAUCAGUGGGUGGCACACACACACAUACACGAUAGUUCGACCGUCGCAUCCAAUGAUGUCAACCGUAUGCCCAACUGCAGGGAUGGUGACUUGCGCAGUGACUUGUGUCGGUAAACUUGCGCUACAUCUACCGCACUCUCUCCUUCCCUACCUAGACCCCGUGUCAAGACAGGGUCAGGAAGACUGCAGAUGAGGGAGGCCGCAGGUGGAUAACUUGGACGGAUCUGCACCUUGGCGCUCCACUCCACACACCCUGGUCCACACAACAAAUGACCAGGAUUUUGACCGACAUAACAAUUGGGGGGGAGGUGGCAGCGGUUCCAGUUUGUGCGACGACUGCCGAAAACAGGGUCUGCCAGCGCACCCUAUGAAUGUUGGCAUUUGUUAUUGCGCAAGAUAACGCCUGGCAGAAUCCCAUGUGGCGGCCCCCGUGUUCGUCCAGCGCAUCUACCACGCAGCCCGUUUAGGGGGCACACACGCACACACGCAAACGCCUGGUCCGCACACGGUGUUCCAGGUUUUCACAUAAACAAGAAGUGGUGGGCCGGUACCCCGUCUAAGUUGGUGUUAUGCAGGCUGCAUUAAGAAGGGACCACUGUAGCCUGAGUCUCCGGAAACUGAGAUAUUCCGUUAGGUGGCAGCCCUCCAGCCUACGACAUCUGGCGCGUAGUAAUAUUUUAGACGCGCGUCAGAUUGUUUAUAAAGAGGAAAUGCGCUGAGUCAACCUCAAGGUCCUUCCCCCACUCCUAUAUCCAUCCGAGCCGGUAAACCGCCUCAUAUUAUGAUUGGGUGCAGACAAUUGACAGACCUCAAUAGCCCGUCUGCGCUCGACGCACACGGCCCGGCCUCCAGCACACACACACACACAUCAGGCCUUCACACUAAGUGGUGGGUGGGCCACGGGGUCACUGGAGAAGGUGCCAUUGUAGCCUGACUCACAAUUCCCUAGUCAAAUACUAAAAUUCAGAAAGAAAAUGCACAGUCGUUUCAGAUUCAUAUUUCCGCUUAUUACUUCCUUGCGGAGUCUGGUACCUGAAGAAAACGAACAAUUCUGCUGGGAAGGUGCUUGCUGAUUUUCAGCCAAGAGCAAAUUACCUUUCCUCUGAUGCCCGAGUGCUGCUUCAUUUUGGCGUUCAAAACAUCUUGGAACAGGUAGGAAAGGCGUCUCAGGUUUUAAUAAACCGGGAUAUUGAACAGGAGGAACACACUUGCGGAAGUUUAAAAGCUCUGUUAAUUAAAAUCUGAUCGAAAGCCCAGUUGUUCUUCCCGUUAAAUCCAAUUAACAGUUUCUCCUUUCUGCGAAACGCGAUUGAUUUUACAUCAGCCCUGAGAACAGGUUGUGUGGUGCAUAUUACAUAAUAAGUCUUUUCGAAGGUGAAGACCGCGAAGGCCUUCAGCAAUUCCUCGGUAUGCGGCAUCGUAUGAACGCAGUUCAGACUAUGGCCCACUUUGCUGGCAUUUGCAACCUCACCACUGCAGUCCUGUCUAAUUAAGAAUGAUUUAAUUAUUUAACUCAGCAUUCAGUAUAUUGCGACCCAUCUUGUAUUUUUAUCAAAUAUUUGGUGCAAAAUGAUUAAUAAGCGUCUCUCCUACACGACCUCAUGAACACAAUUUUUUCAGUGAGCUAAAACAUUAAAAUUUUUUAGCAAUAUACGAUCUAUUAAAUAAUUUUACUCCUGAACGUUAAAUAUCGCUUCUUCCGGUCAGCCGGCACAGGCUAACGAAAAGCAAGUUCGGUUGCAUUUGUGGAUUGUCGCUGCAAAUUAUAUGCGUGUGUUCCAAUAACAUACAAUGGUUAAAAAUCGCAUUUAAUUUUUAUUUAAGUCUUCAUUUUCUAUAAAGCCUUGCCAAUAGCACUGAUUGCAUUUUUUUCAAAAUGACAGCAAGAUCUGCUCACAGACCGAUGUUCUACUGCCUUAGGGAUUAGUCCGGGCUGCAUGGACUACUAUCUGCAUGACUAUGACUGUCAGUGGAUUGACAUCACCGACGUUCCGCCCGGAUUCUACGAGUUUCGUGCUAUCUUCAAUCCCAAUCUACUGGUUCCUGAAGUUUCCUACGCAAACAACGCUGUGCAGUGCAGCCUUGCUGUGGAUAUUUCCGGAAUGGGCACGAAAAUGUGGAAUUGUAAAGUCGUGCACCCUCUGGACUUUUAG